UAUAAAACUACAUUUACCAUGAGCACAGAGGUCAGAACUGCGCAGCCGUGGUUUUGAUAAAGCAUGCUGGGUAAAAAUUCUCCCUCUUUCCGGCUGGUUCGCCAUCAUAUUAAGUCACCAUGGGCGCAUAUAGAUAUAUGCAGGAGUUAUGGAGGAAGAAGCAGUCUGAUGUGAUGCGCUUCCUCCUCCGUGUCCGCUGCUGGCAGUACCGGCAGCUGUCCAACCUCCACCGUGCUCCCAGACCCACCAGGCCCGACAAGGCCCGUAGGCUGGGUUACAAGGCCAAGCAGGGCUACGUCAUCUACCGCAUCCGUGUACGCCGUGGAGGCCGCAAGCGCCCCGUGCCUAAAGGUGCCACGUACGGCAAGCCAGUGCACCACGGAGUGAACCAGCUCAAGUUUGCUCGCAGCCUGCAGUCCAUUGCUGAGGAGCGUGCUGGUCGUCACUGCGGAGCCCUGCGAGUGCUCAACUCCUACUGGGUUGGGGAGGACUCCACCUACAAGUUCUUUGAGGUGAUCCUGAUCGACCCCUUCCACAAGGCCGUCAGACGCAACCCGGACACCCAGUGGAUCACAAAGGCCGUGCACAAGCACAGGGAGAUGCGCGGGCUGACAUCUGCAGGAAAGAAGAGCCGAGGUCUGGGCAAGGGCCACAAGUUCCACCUGACCAUCGGAGGCUCCCGCCGCGCCGCCUGGAAGAGGCGCAACACCCUGCAGCUGCACCGUUAUCGCUAGUCUGCGCCACACGUCUGUACAUUCAAAGAAAUAAACCUUUUUAUGGUGA